AUUUGAGGCCGUAAGUAAACUUUCUGUUCGGCCUUUCGAUCGGCAGUCGUUGAUAGAUUUUAGAGUAACUCAACUACCAGAAGAAAAGCCACCUAACGAUGAUUUUGAUCCAAGGGACCACAGAGAACCCAAAGCUCCUAUUAAACCGUGGAUGGCGUAUUUCAAUCUCAUGCGAACAUUAUGGGGCGCUGGUGUGCUGGGUCUGCCUUUAGCCGUUAGUCAAGCCGGUAUCAUUCUUGGACCCAUAAUGACAACUGCGUUGGGCCUUCUUAUUAUACACAUGCAUUUGACUUUGCUAUGGUGUCUUAAUGAAAUUAGUCGACAACUGAAGAUUCCAUACAUAUCAUAUAGGUAUGGUUUUCGCGUAGCGCUUUUGCAUGGACCUACCAUUUUGCACAGAAUCGGAGAAAGGGGCCCAAUGAUAAUAUCAAUAUUUAUGCUUUUGAGUCAAUUGGGGAUUUGCACGGUUUUCGUCAUAUUUACAACCGAUAGUUUAAGGGAUAUCAUGGAUUGGAAAACUUCAAAACCGGCUAUAUUGUCUCUGUUGAUUCCGUAUCUAUUCCUACAAUAUUUUAUGAAGACAUUGUCAAUUGUCAGCUAUAUAUCAAUGCUUGGUAAUUACUUGAACAUGGCGGGACUGGUACUGAUAAUAUACCACAUAUUCUUAGCACCUCAUGGAGUAAUCGUAUACGCGUGUACGGAUCCUUUAGCUUUAUUCUUCGUCAUUGGAACUAUCUUGUUUAACUUGAGCGCGGUUGCUGUUAUACUAUCCAUAGACAAGGCUUUAAAGGAUCCAAAGGUAUUGACGAAACCGUGCGGAAUGCUCACAGUGGGCAUGUUUAUUCCAACCGUUUUUACAACUGUGUUCGGCGUGCUUGGUUACUGGUCCUUUGGCACGAUGGAGGAAAAUGUCCUAAGAUCAUUGCCAUUCGAUGAUUAUUUUCAUAUGCUACCUUAUUCCCAUACAAGGGGCGUUUGUGGCAUUUGUCGGCAAUUUAUGCACCACCAUGCUUGCUUUCGUAUUUCCAGCUGUGAUGGAACUCUGUAUUUUGUACCCCAACGAUUAUGGAUACUAUAAUGUAUAUUUGAUCAAGGAUCUUCUUAUAGUGCUGUUUGGAAUGACUUCGUUUUUAGUAGGAGUACCUUUGUGCGCUUAUCUUAUUUAUGUGCGAGUACUUUCUUUGAAA